CUAAAUCAAUCACUCGCUUGCGAUGUGUUUCCCAUUUUCUAAAUGCAAUACUAUAUCUCUUUCCAGUAUUGAAGGGCUAACUCAUCGACAGUAUAUCCACACAAACGAGGAAUAAGUUAUGACUUUGGGCUCAGAGACGGCUUCAACCCAUAGAUUGUUUUGUAGUAUAAGAACUCGUUUUUGUGAAUUGGAAUCAGUUGUGAGCCGUCAUCACCAGAAUGUCUGUGAAAAACUCGGGAACAGGAGUUCAUGUCUCACCAAAACAUCAAUAUUAAGAAAUCCGUAUGUAUUGCUGGUAGUGGUGUGUUAUAUCAGUUAUUGGCCUUCAAUAUGGGGUCAGCUGGUGCUGGACGACCGGCCGGCCAUCAUCGACAACAAGGAUUUGAGGCCAAACACACCAUUGUAUCGAUUAUUUGAGAAUGACUUCUGGGGAACACCACUCCAUAAAGAACAAAGCCACCGAAGCUAUAGACCUCUCACAACACUAACAUUUCGAUGGAAUUUCUAUAUUCAUGGCUUAAAUCCGAUGGGAUAUCACAUAAUAAACAUUGCGUUGCAUUCAUUCGUUUGUAUUUUGUUUUAUAACUACUCUCGGCUACUAUUCUGUGAUUCGAUGACAUCCUUAAUAACAUCUCUACUCUUUGCAGUUCAUUCAAUACAUACAGAGUGUGUUGCAUCGAUUGUGGGAAGAGCUGAACUCCUUUCGGCUAUAUUUUAUUUAUCCACUCUUUUGAUAUGGAGUUCACAAAAAUACAAAACGAAAACAAAACUAUUAUUAUGUGUUAUAUUUUCGUGGUUUGGAUUCCUCUGUAAAGAGCAGUCAUUGACUUCACUGAUCAUAUGUGCCAUUCAUGAGCUCAUCUCUCGAAGACAUUUACCGAACAAAGAAAACAAGAUAAUCCCAAAAGCGAACCGAAACUCUAUUAUAGUAAGAGUUGGAAACAUAAAGAGAUCGCAAAUGGUUUGGAGGAAAAUCGUUAAAAACAUAUUUAUUUUAUUGUCUGCAUUCAUGUCGGCUCUCAUAUUCAGAUUGUAUUUAAUGGGAAACAAGUUUCCAAAAUUCAAUCGGUUCGACAACCCGGCCUCCUAUUCGGGCGCACCGACCAAACAGUUGACGUAUAGCUAUUUGAUUGCCUUCAAUAGUUGGCUGCUAUUAUUUCCAUGUGAUUUGAGCUGUGAUUGGACGCACGCAUCCAUACCUCUGGUGUCAAACCUAACGGAUCCAAGAAUUUGGACGAUUGGGGCCUUCUUUGCUAUUUUGUUCGCAUUAUUAUUCUAUGCCUUAAUCAAGAGUGAAGAUCACAGACUAUUUCUGGUGCUAACACUAGCGAUCGUACCAUUCAUUCCCUCAUCCAAUAUAUUCUUCCCGACGGGCUUUGUUGUCGCCGAAAGAGUACUAUAUUUGCCUUCAAUUGGAUUUGUUUUGUUGAUUGGAAUGGGAGUGAAGAAAAUGCUUGACUCGUGGGAAAGCCAUUCGACUCGUAUUAAGACAAUAAUAGGCCUUCUGUUGAUCGUUUACACCGUCAAGACAUACCACAGAUGUAAUGAAUGGAACAAUGAGUACUCUCUCUAUACGUCAGGCCUUAAAGUGAAUCCAAUGAACACUAAACUACUCAACAAUUUGGGAAGACUUUACGAAAGAGACGGCAACUAUGAUGUGGCCAUCAAUUACUUUAGAGAUGCCGUACGAAUAGAGCCGUCAGAUGUGCGGGGACAUCUCAAUUUGGGCAACAUUUUACUCAAACUUAAUAACUCAAUAGAGGCUGAGAUGUCGUACACGACGGCGACCAACCUUUUGCAAGAGUCGGCCAACACAUGGCAUCAGAUAUCGUCAAUGCAUUUAACAGCUCUGUUCAGACUCUCGCAACUCAUAUCAAGGGAUCCGCACCGGACUCAAGAGGCGUUUAAUUCACGCGAUGUAUUGAACCUAAAAAGUGAUUUCAAACCAGUGUUUGACAGUUGGACACAAGAAAUGAGGAGUUCAUCCAAUCGACGCAUUGAAGCGGCGGUAAUGUUGGCCGAAGCCCUUCAAUACGAGAGCUCUGAUCCCGACGUCCUCUACAAUGUAUGUAAUCUUUGCAAACAUUUGAAAAGAGUUUCACAAAAUCUAAUCCAUUACUUGAGUUACAAUUUUUUUUUGGGUAUAGUUAUAAACGAGAGCGGAUCGGCUGACGAGGCGCUGGAGUUGUUUGAUAAGGCGCUAAGUGUGGACCCGCAUCACGAGCCCUCACUCUUAGCCUCUGCCCGUAUAAUCCAAGACCAAGGGUUGAGUGGUUUGCAUGAAGUGGCGAUCGAGAGGCUCAACACAAUCAUUGAGUUGGGAAGGGCUGACGAAACGGUUUACUUCAACGCAGCGAUGCUGGCCAUCAAAAGCGGACGCUUUGAUUGCGGCAAACGAUUGCUUGAGAGCGCCAUUCAAAUGAAGGGCAACUUCUCGGAAGCGCUCUAUAAUAUGGCACUUAUUCUCUACAAUGAAGAGUAUCCGCAACCCUUACAAGCCGUUGAAUAUUUAACAAAACUAUUGAACACAAACGGCGAACACAUCAAAGGACUGCUAUUAUUGGGCGACAUUUAUAUCGAGUAUUUCAAUGACCUAAAGAAUGGCGAGAAUUGCUAUAACAAGAUAUUGUCGAUCGACGCCAACAAUGUGUUCGCUCAGCACAACCUCUGUGUCGUUCACGUCAGACGAAAACACUUUCACGAAGCGAUCCAAUGCUUCGAGAAGAUCCAGAAGAAUAACAUCGGUUCAGUCAAUGUUGAGCAUCACCUCAAACUGACCAGAGAUCUGCUAAGGGAUCAGCUCAGGAAUGGUAGCAAUGAAUUCAAGUUCUUGUUGUAAAUGAUUGCUCCGACAAAAGAUAUAUAAAGAUAUAUUAAUAUAUGAUUUUUUGGUGUAAAUAUUAUUUAAUUUCAUUUUAAACAAAUCA